AUGCCAUCCGAAUUUCAUCAAUUUGCCAAUCUACCAACUGAGCUAAGGCUCAAAAUUUGGAAACACGCCUUACAACCAAUCAGCCCGUCUCGCCCUAGGGCUCAUUUCUUCUCGGUGACCAACUAUAAAGAAGAUGGUGACACGUUGAAAAAACUCAGAGUGCAAUGUCAUCUGGGCUCUGAUUGCGAAAUUAAUCACGGUACUACAUAUUGCCUUGCUGCACCAAAAUUUGGCGACAGCCAUUCGUGGACCAACAAUAACCCGUCUGCGUAUCUCUUGGACUAUGGCAUGUGGAAUGCAUGCCAUGAGUCUAGGGAAGUUAUCGAGAAGCAUUAUAAAAUGAACCACUGGACAGCAAAGUUUCGUCAAGGCCGAAGCUCAAUGGAUGACAACCAACCUGUUGACGCUUGUGUGCCAUUCAUUUAUCCACACAGUAGCGGGAGCUGGUGCUUCGCUAUUCAUCCAAACCAAGACCUCGUCUGCCUACAGCCCAUUAACGCAGGCACUGUCGGCUAUUAUAGGGAGAAUCCGUACUUUAUAGAAGACUUCUGCAUGGUCGAUUAUGCGAUCGGGAUGCGCGGCUUUCCUAACUUAGCGCUCGAAUACGAUUCUAGUUGGUACGAUGGUCUUGACGAGAUUAGGAACCCGAAUGUUCUAUUUGAAGAGAUGAGUCCUCGAGGUCUUUUCGUACGCAUCAUAGUCUGGAUGGUCGAAAGUUAUUCACGUAACCAAACGCUAUAUCUUAUCGAUUACAAUUUGAAGCGAACCAGGACCGAAGACAGUCAUGCCUUGUCAAACAAACGAAAAGUUUUCAGCAGUAUUGAUCGAAGAUUUGUCGAAGCCAGCCCGAACUGGGGUGAUUAUUCCGACACUUGGAGUCGUUCAGCACUCGAGUUCGUAGAUAGAAUCAACGAUCUAUUCGGCGGCAUCAACCCCACACAUUUUUGUUUAGGGCAUGGGUUUGAAGGCGAUUUUGGGUGCAAUGGAUGCGAUACUUGGGAAAAAUGGGGCUGGUACAACAUCUGGGUUCAUGCUGAGGUUCUAGAAUGCGAGAAGGCCGAGUAA